AUGGAUCUUGCCAUUGUCCCAUUUGAUUCAUUCCCCAAAGAUCAACAAAUGCUUUAUCAAGAGUGGUUCAACUAUGCAGAUUCAGAUGGUGAUGGCCGCUUUACAGGGAGUGAUGCCACCAAAUUUUUUGCCAUGUCUAACUUGUCACGACAAGAUCUUAGGCAGGUUUGGGCUAUUGCAGAUACCAAGAGACAAGGAUAUCUGGAUUUCCAAGAAUUUGUUAUUGCUAUGCAGAUACCUGCUUCGGCCGUGACAUCAAUUAUUGAUGGUUUGAAGAAACUGUAUAUACAAAAGUUGAGGCCUUUAGAAGCCACUUACCGCUUUAAUGAUUUUGUUUCUCCUUUAUUGGCUGGACCAGAUGAAAGAAGCAUUCCUGGGAAUACAAUUGCUGUUCACGCAGACAUGCCAUUUAGUGGUCUAUCAAGUUUUGGUUCAGCAUUUUUGUCAAAAUUUGAGUGCUCUCAAAUGCCUCAUCCUCUACUAGAGGAAAUUACAUUUGUAGAUAGCCCUGGAGUUCUAUCUGGAGAAAAACAAAGGACACAAAGAGCAUAUGAUUUUACUGGAGUAACAUCAUGGUUUGCUGCUAAAUGUGAUUUAAUACUGCUUCUAUUUGAUCCUCAUAAGCUUGAUGUUAGUGAUGAAUUCAAGCGUGUCAUUUCAUCCCUACGUGGUCAUGAUGACAAGAUUCGAGUCGUUCUAAAUAAGGCACACCAAGUUGAUACUCAACAAUUAAUGAGGAUUUAUGGAGCACUAAUGUGGUCACUUGGGAAGGUUCUAAAUACUCCGGAGGUUAUGCGUGUCUAUAUUGGGUACCAUCAUGUCUUUUAUCUUAUCUAUUUGUCGACUGCACCUGAGUUUUCACCUAUCCAUUUAUAUCUUUAUUCGUAUCGAAAAUAUUUGAUAAUAAAAAAUUUAAUUUAUUUUUGUAGCUCCUUCAAUGACAAGCCAAUAGAUUAUGCAGACAAUGGGCCUCUUGGUGGUGAACUUUUUGAGAAGGAACAAGAUGACCUUCUUUUAGAUCUAAAAGAUAUACCAAGAAAAGCUUGUGAUAGAAAAAUCAACGAAUUCGUGAAACGAGCUCGAGCUGCUAAGAUACAUGCUUACAUUAUUAGUCAUCUUAAAAAGCAAAUGCCUUCAAUAAUGGGCAAAACUAAAGCACAAGAAAAACUCAUUGCAAAUUUGGAAGGAGAAUUCGCCAAGGUACAAAGGGAGUUCCAUUUACCACCUGGUGACUUUCCAAAUGUUGAGGAAUUUAGAGAGAAACUGCGUGGCUAUAACAUCGACAAGUUUGAGAGAUUGAGACCAAAAUUGAUUGACGCUGUGGAUGACAUGCUAGGUUAUGAUAUUCCUAACCUCUUGAAGACUUUUAGAAACCCCUAUGGUUAAGUUUCAUGGCAAUUUUGGCAUUGUAGUAUGUUUUUAUAAGCACACAAGUGCAUGAGUCAUGUGAUCUUUUUUGUGAAUCAUCCUAGUGUGUUGUAUUAAUAAUUAAUGAUAUGGCAUUGUUUUAUGGUUAAGUCUUCGGUGGCCAAUGUUGCAUAUUAUACCAAUAUUGAGAGGUCAAUGAGUAAAUAAGCGUUGUUCAAUUAACGCCUAAUUUAAGGUUAAUCAUAUUUGUUUAACAGCGCGCUAAUGUCGGUUAAAAACAAUUGCUUCAACUCCCAGUCACAAAGUGAAGAGAUGUUGAGAAAACAAAGAGUUGAAGAAGUUGAAUUAGACCAAGAUGGAAGAGAUUUGGUGGUAUCAAAGGUCUAGGACGAAUUGGCUAAAGAAUGGAGACAAAAAUUCAAAUUUCUUCCAUCAAAAAAGGUCACAAAGGAAGAAGAGAAAUUGGGUGGACUAUAUUCUAGACGAAUUGGGUAUCAAAUAUGAGGAGUUGAGGAGGAAGAUCAAAUUGAGUUUGUAAUGAGGAGCUUCUUCGAAAAACUAUUUACAUUGAAAGAAACUUUGGAGGUUCAAGAAGCAAUUGAGGUUGUAAUUGCUAACAAGUAACUUAGAAAGAAAGGAAUCAGUAACCUAAUUCGAUUAUUUCUUGGUGACAGAAAUUAGGCUUAUACGAUUAAAGUUUAGGAUUUGAUGUUAAUCAAAAAGCUAUCUCACUGUGUUGAACCAAAAUUCCAUCUUGAUCACCCCUACAAUGCAAGUCAAUACAAGGUAACUCCGAAGUCGCAUCAUUCGAAUUAGGAGGAUUGGCAGGCAAAUUAUUACUAACAAGAUGCAUUGUUAUCAGCAACUGCUUCUUGACUAAUCACAAAUUCCAAAUUCGAAACACUGAUAAGUGAUCACAGAAUCACAGUACCAUAACAAAACAGCAGCAUAACAACAACAGCAGCUUAACAAGUCACUAAUCACAAAUUCCACUGAGCAGCAUAACAAGUAACAAUGAUCAAAACCUGAUCAGUAACAGACGACAGCAUAACAAGUAACACUGAGCAGCAUAACAAAGUAACAAGAACAGCAGCAUAACAAAUUCCAAAUUCAAAACACUGAGCAGCAUAACAAGUAACAAUAACAGCAGCAUUACAAAAGACGACGGAAAUCACAAAUCACAAAUUCAACCACAAACCAGUAAAUCAACAGAAAUCAGUAAAUCACAGUUU